AGUCAGUCAAUCAGUCAGUCAGUUCUGUAUUUGUCUCAUCCACCAUCCAGAAUCUGACUUGAGAACUAUGAGACAUGCUAAUGGGCAAAAAGUGCUCUUUGUACCUGUGGGGACAUAUUAAUUGACAUUAAUAAAGAAUUUUGUGUAAUUAGGAAAGUCUCACUUCUCUACACUGAAUUUGAUUUAACUGAAUUAAACACCUUGUAGCCUACAUAGGAAUAAACAAAUGUGCAUCCACCUGUGCAUGCAUAUUCACACAUAGACACACACAAGCACACUAACUCUUGAUUUGAGUUAUAACCCAUAGCUAAAGUAUAUGGCAAACAGUUUGUGAGUUAGGGGUAAAGGAGGCGAAAUGACCAGUCCAGUGAUGACUCCCACAAUUGCCUAAAACAAACAGUCAGUAAAUUACAACAGGGGUGUAACUAAGCAUAAGGAGAGAGCUAACUCCACCAUUAAAACAGGAGCUCUCUGCUCAGUGUAGAGUCAAGGGUCUAUGGCAAAUGUUUCAUGACUUUGGCAAUCCGCCUUUUUGUUACAGGCCACUCGAACUGUCACAACCUGUUUUUGCCAGUUGGCAUGGACUGUUAAUCAGCUGUCUUUGGCUCAUGACCAACCUCUACACAAAAUCUUGUGCAAGUCUGUGAAUCCAGCAGAGCGACCUAUAAAGCUGCUGGUUGCAGCUAAAAAUGACUUGUAUUAACCUUCUCCUACCUACUGUUCCCCAUAUGUGAUGCUAGCAUUAGGUACAACUCUGUUUGAGAAAGACUACUCUGUCAUAAAAAUAUAAGAGUUACAAUGAAGUCUUCAAAUCUUAACAAGACUCGUGUAGAGCUAGCAGCUCUGUUAGGCUGACUUACUUGGACUCACCCAGUGGAAGCUAGAUGCUAAUGCUAGUAUAUCAACAUGCUCAUAACGACGAUGCUAAUGCUGGUGUUUGGCAGAUAACCAAUAGUGCCCAUUUGAGGCUAUUGUGUUAGCACCAUAUGUUUAAUAGGCACAAGUGUGUUCUUUAGUAGUACACCCUGAUUCCAAAAAAGUUGGGACACUGGAAUAUACAAAUAAUUAUAGAACACAUCAAAUUUAGAGAGAGUGUACAUAUUUACUAAAAACAAUUUCCCCGGUUUGAACAUGAUAUAUAUUGUCUUUGUACUGUAUUUAAUUGAAUGUACGUCGCAAAGGAUUUGCAUUAUCAUUGCAUUGUGUUUUUAUUACAUUUUUCACAUUAUCCCCUCGCAACGAUUUUGGAACCGGGUUAUAGUAGUGAUAGUAGUUGUUGUAAAAUAGGAUAAGUAGUAACUAAUAAAAAAUAAAGUGUUGACUCAUCUAUAAGUCCAACCCCAUUUUAACAACAUAUAUGUGUGUGUUUGUGUAUGUGUGUAGCAGUAGGGAGAUGCUGACAGGACAGAGGCUCUGUCAGUCAAAGUCCCACCAGGACUUGGUGCUCUCUGCCCUCAACCAGCAGAGGAAAGAUGGCCUGCUGUGUGACGUCACCCUGGUCGCCGGUGAGCAGAAGUUCCACGCCCACAAAGCCGUCCUAGCAGCGUGCAGCGAUUACUUCAGGGCUAUGUUCAGCUUGUGCAUGGUGGAGAGUGAGGCAGAUGAAGUAACUCUGCAAGGAGUAACCAGCGUUGGACUGAAGCAUGCUUUGGACUUCGCCUACACUGGACAGAUCCUGCUGGAGCCAGCGGUGAUCCAGGACGUCCUGUCUGCAGGCAGCCACCUUCAGCUGCUGGAACUCCUCAGCCUCUGCUCACACUACCUCAUCCAGGAACUGAGCAGUGUGAACUACCUGGAGCUGUACCGCGUGGCCGACCUGUUCCACCUCCCCGCCUUAGAGGAGGCUGUGGUGGGCUUCCUGGUGGAGCAUCUGUCUGAGCUGAGCCAGAGCAGACAGGAUGAGGCCCUGCAGCUGCCCUACCGCCUCCUCAGGGAGGUGCUGAAGAGCGACCGCCUCACCUCUCUGAGCGAGGAGGAGAUAUGGAAGUUGGUCGUUCUGUGGCUGGAACAUGACUGUCGCUACCAGUACACUGAGGAUCUACUCCAACACGUCCGCUAUGGCCUGAUGGACGUCCCAACACUGCACCACCUUGCCCGUAGCCACUCUCUGGUCCAGUCCAGCCCUACUGCUGCCGCCCUUGUGGAGGAGGCCCUGGACUACCACCACGCCACCUUCGCCCAGCCCCUCCGCCAGUCAGCCCGCACCAGGCCUCGCUUCCAGUCUCUCACCCUCUACAUCGCUGGUGGGAGGAAGCGGGAGGUGAGCAGAGUCAGGGAGUUGCGGUACUUCAACCCAGCUGCACAGGAACAUGUACGCGUUGCAGGUGGGUCGAACUGGAGCGAGCUGGCGCCCAUGCCCACUGGGCGCAGCCACCACUGCGUGGCUGUAAUGGGAAACUUUCUAUUUGUUGUGGGUGGGGAGGUGGAGCACGCCACCGGGAGGACAUGUGCUGUAAGGACUGCUUGUCGAUACGACCCAAGGGGAAACUGUUGGACUGAGAUCGCCCCCAUGAAGGCCUGCAGAGAACACUUUGUCCUGGGUGUGCUGGGUCAGUACCUGUACGCAGUGGGGGGCAGGAAUGAGCUGAGGCAGGUGCUGCCCUCUGUGGAGCGCUACUGUCCCAAGAGGAACAAAUGGAUGUUUGUCCAACCCUUCGACCGCUCACUGUCCUGCCACGCCGGCUGUGUGGCUGACAGCCUGCUCUGGGUCUCAGGUGGGGUGACAAACACAGCUCAGUACCAGAAUCGAUUGAUGGUCUAUGACCCAGAACAGGACCAGUGGUUGGCCCGCAGUCCAAUGUUGCAGAGGCGGGUUUACCACGUCAUGGCGGCCGUGAGGAGGCAGCUCUACGUGCUAGGCGGCAACGACCUGGACUACAACAACGACCGCAUCCUGGUGCGCCACAUUGACUCCUACAACAUGGACCUGGACCAAUGGACACGCUGCUCCUUCAGCCUCCUCACGGGUCAAAAUGAGUCCGGAGUAGCAGUCCAUGAUGACAGGAUCUAUGUGGUUGGAGGAUACUCCAUUUGGACCAACGAGCCCCUGGCAUGCAUUCAGGUGCUGGAUCUGAGCACAGAGGGGAAGGAGGAGGUUUUCUAUGGGCCAACACUGCCAUUCGCCUCCAACGGGAUAGCAACCUGUUUCCUCCCUGCUCCUUACUUCACCUGCCCAAACCUACAGACUCUACAAGUACCCCAUCACAGGAUAGGUGCUGUUUAAACCGCUGAUGAACAAAACGUCUGAAAACAUGAACACAUAACCAGAAAACGGAAGAGCCUCAACUCAACUCUGGACUGCCAGUAUUUUAUUUCAAACAUGGCUGACAAAAAAAUGUACCUGAUCAUAGCUAUCUUUGUGGAACCUGCCAUCUCUGUCACACGAGUGCACGGGGAUUUCUCUAAGACCCAAAUGUAAUAACAAUACUUUUCCUGAGCUACAAGAGCCAUGUUAUUCUGCAACCUCGUACAAAAAAACUCAAAAACAAGCAGCUGCUGUCACAAUAAUACAGCAUAUCUGUUGUAUUUCCCCAAAGACUGAGAAAGUAUUCAUGAUGUCCAGUGAAGCAAGUUAAGAAAAAAAAAAAAACUCGAGGGAUUAUAAUUCCCAAAGAAGACAGGAACAAAAUGCCAAUCCCAUUACCAAUAAGUGACUUAUGGGAAGCGGACAUUACUUAAUUGCUCAAUUCACAGGAGUGCAAAGAUACUGUCUAUAGGGCUGUGUGAGCUUUACUAGCUUAAUUCACUGUAUUGCAUUUCCAUCUAACCUCUAUAAUCACUUUGGUGGCCUGAAAAAAAUCGCAGGAUGCUUUUCAAGAUAUAGAGGACAAAGCCUGUUUUCUCAUUGACUCGCAUGUACUUUAAAACUACUGACUGGGUUGACAAAAGCCUGAAACUGGAGCUCAUCAGUGCAUAAAUAACCAUGUCAUUUUUUUAAAUUCAAAAAAGGUAAAAAUAACUUGAUUUUUCUGCAUCAGCAGUGACACGCUACUGUAUGUGUGUGUGUGUGUUGUCGACCUGUGUAAGUGUGUGUGAGAUUGCUCAGGACCUAAGACUGUUUGUUCAAAAUGAAUGUCUAUCAUCAUUCAGAGAAUAUCUGGUGAAUAUUCUCCAAAAAGUGUGUAUGAUAUUAUAAUAAAUGUGCUGAUUUACAAAACAAAAUCUGCUUUGACCAAAAGAAAGAUGUCUAUCUGCAAUUCCCUGUCCAAAAUAACAUGUGUCUGAAAGAAUAUAUGGUGCAUUUUCAGAAUAAAGAAGC